AUGUUUGUGAAAAGUCUCUCAGAGAACGAGAUUGGUACAAAAGGAUCUGUCAGGAUCUCCAAAGCCUUGAUCUCCAUGAAGUAUUUGACAAAGAUACAGUAAGAUAUAUAUAUCUAUGUGUAAUCCUCUAUAAUACAUACUGUGUAUUCCCUGCCCAAGAGACAAGUGUUUAAUAUACUUGUUGUCUUCCAGCUUGACCUCCAUAGGGACUUCAGAGCUGACUGGUCUGGCUGGCAGCCUGGCUCACUGUGUCUGUGCAGAGGAUGUCAGGUAAGGGAAAUCCACACAGCACAGAGCAAUAUUCAUCUGGUUCUGAAUAUUCACGACUGAUUUGACCAUGUUUCCUCUCUCUCUUUUUCACUCCCUGUCCUUUUUGUCAGUUUUGCGUGGAAUGGUUGUGGAGAUGAUGUUGCAAUGAAGCUUGCCGAGGUUUUACCACAAUGCCAGAAGCUAAGGAGACUUGAGUGAGUGCUAAAUUAACGCUUUUACAUUGACAUGUUUUCAAAGGAUUUGAUAAUCAGAUGUGUGUUUUUAUAUCUUUGAUUUUAGUCUAGAGUCUAACAGUAUCAGCGCUAUUGGAGCAGAGGCACUUGCCAGAAGCUUACAGUCUUGUCCAUCAGUUGAAGUGAUCAGGUAAAUAUCUUGGAAGUUGUUUGUUGGUAAACUGUCAAUUGUAUAAUGUAUUAUAAUGGCUAUUCAUUUGGAUACUGUCUUUAUUGUGUGCAAUGCCAUUUUUACAAAUGUCCUCUCCCUGUGUUUGACCAGACUGUGGAGGAAUGAUAUUUCUACCUGUGAUGCCCAGAGACUGAGACAGAGAGAGAAGAGGCUCAACUUCUCCUCCACGUAG